AGUGGAGACAUUUUUGGUAAUAAAAUCGCAGGAGAGCCCCUUCUCUCUAGAGGAAUCCAAGUGAAGGAUAAUCUUUAUAAUAAUUGCUGAAGAGUCAUUUCGUUUGCGCUUCAUCUCGAGGGUUUUUGGGGGAUUGGGCGAAGAUGCAGCAGCAGCAGCAGCAGCCUCCGCAAAUGUUUCCGAUGGCUCCUUCGAUGCCGCCAACUAACAUCACCACCGAACAGAUCCAAAAGUACCUUGAGGAGAACAAGAAGCUGAUAAUGGCAAUCAUGGAAAAUCAGAAUCUUGGCAAGCUUGCAGAGUGUGCACAGUACCAAGCUCUUCUCCAGAAGAACUUAAUGUACCUCGCUGCUAUUGCUGAUGCUCAACCUCCUCCAUCUACCGCUGGAGCUACACCACCACCAGCUAUGGCUUCCCAGAUGGGGGCACCGCAUCCUGGGAUGCAACCGCCGAGCUACUUUAUGCAACACCCACAAGCUUCAGGGAUGGCUCAACAAGCACCACCCGCUGGUAUCUUCCCUCCGAGAGGUCCUUUGCAGUUUGGUAGCCCACACCAGCUUCAGGAUCCGCAACAGCAGCAUAUGCAUCAACAGGCUAUGCAAGGACACAUGGGGAUGCGACCAAUGGCUAUCAACAACAACAAUGGGAUGCAGCAUCAGAUGCAGCAACAACAACCAGAAACCUCUCUUGGAGGAACCGCUGCAAACGUGGGGCUUAGAGGUGGAAAGCAAGAUGGAGCAGAUGGACAAGGAAAAGAUGAUGGCAAAUGAAAAGAUCCAAAGAAGCGUUGUUGCAUUGUUUAUAACUAGGAGGACUUGUGCUUUCUUAUGAGACGACUCAAAAAUGUCUUUUGCAUUAGUUAAUUUUCUUGAGUUACAACAGAAUAUAGACUGUGGUUCCACAGUCCGUGUUGUAAUGGUAUUUGUAUUAUCUAGUUCAAGUUCGGAUUUGGUUUAGAAUAUAUA